AUGGUAUUUCUCCGUUCUUUCUCCCGCCAGCUCCGGCGGCCUGCCACCUCUCUCCUCUCCGCGCACUCCUCUCUGAAGCCGUCGAGUAGUCCGUUCCGGGCUUCUCCUCUGGCGAGCGGAAUCUCCGGUGCACGUACGCUAACCGCCUCUGCGAGUCUACAGGGUAAAGUUUUGAUGGUCCUCUAUGACGGCGGUGAGCACGCCAAGCAGCAGCCCGGUCUCCUGGGUACCACCGAGAACGAGCUGGGCCUGAGAAAAUGGCUCGAGGAGCAGGGCCACACCCUCGUCACUACCUCCGACAAGGAGGGUGAGAACUCCACCUUUGACAAGGAGCUGGUCGACGCUGAGGUCAUCAUCACCACUCCAUUCCACCCCGGAUACCUCACCGCUGAGCGCCUGGCCAAGGCCAAAAACCUCAAGAUCGCCAUCACCGCUGGUGUCGGUUCUGACCAUGUUGACCUGAACGCCGCUAACAAGACCAACGGUGGUAUCACCGUCGCCGAGGUCACUGGCUGCAACGUCGUCUCCGUCGCUGAGCACGUUGUCAUGACCAUCCUCACCCUCGUCCGCAACUUCGUUCCCGCCCACGAGCAGAUCCGUAAUGGUGAGUGGGACGUUGCUGCUGUCGCCAAGAACGAAUUCGACCUGGAGAACAAGGUCGUCGGUACCGUCGCUGUCGGCCGUAUCGGUGAGCGUGUGCUCCGUCGUCUGAAGCCCUUCGACUGCAAGGAGCUUCUUUACUAUGACUACCAGCCUUUGAAGCCCGAGAUCGAGAAGGAGAUUGGCUGCCGCCGUGUCGAGGAUCUCGAGGAGAUGCUCGCCCAGUGUGACGUGGUCACCAUCAACUGCCCUCUGCACGAGAAGACCCGCGGUCUGUUCAACAAGGAUCUCAUCUCCAAGAUGAAGAAGGGAUCCUGGCUCAUCAACACCGCUCGUGGUGCCAUCGUCGUCAAGGAGGAUGUCGCCGAGGCCGUCAAGUCCGGUCACCUGCGCGGCUAUGGUGGUGACGUCUGGUUCCCCCAGCCCGCUCCCAAGGACCACCCUCUCCGUUAUGUCCAGGGCCCUUGGGGCGGUGGCAACGCCAUGGUCCCCCACAUGUCGGGUACCUCCAUCGAUGCCCAGAUCCGCUACGCCAACGGCACCAAAGCCAUCCUCGAGAGCUACUUCUCCGGCCGCCACGACUACCGCCCUGAGGACCUUAUUGUCAAGGAUGGUGACUAUGUCACCAAGGCUUAUGGCCAGCGCAAUAAGGCUUAA